CACACUCUCUCCUGAGCAACACGCCAGAUAUUUACAUGCUUCUCAGAUAUCCACUGGAGUCUCGUUGAGUGGAACUUCUCUGGAAGUAUUUGUUGGCAGAUUCCACUGAAGUGACGACUCGCAUGUGUUCCUGAGGCGUUUCACUGGAGAAUCCACACGUAGGGAUCAGUUGUGUGUGUGUCAUGAGUCUGUGCACACUGCUGCUGUUGUUCUCUCUGCUGCUCUUCAUCUGCACACAUGCACUGAAGAUAAAUCAAACCAAUGAGGAGCGCACACUCACCUGUGGACAGGGUAUAAUGCAUUGUGAAGUUAAGCCAGGCGACCUUACGUGCAUGGGACAUGACGAUCAUGUAUAUGUGAGCAGUCUGAACGCAUACAUUGUGCCGUGCCUAACACUGAACAGGACCAAAAGUCUGUGCCUGAAAAUCCAGGUGAACAUCACAGUUGGAGAUGCUGGCCAACCUGUGGAUGUUGAACUGCCAGAUGAUGGCAGCGGUGAAGAAGAUGCAGAGGAACCGCAUGGAAAUGCUCAUGAAGAUGAAGAUGAAGAUCACAUGACUGCUGUUUCCAAUGCUGCCAGUGUCCUCGUUUGUUACAAAAGCCCUACGUACUUUGAUUCAAACAUUCUGCACUUCAGUUUCUCCUCUUUAGACUUUGAAGACAGCACCACACUGAAGGUGUGGAUGUCUUUAUUGGUGGAGAUCAGGGAGGCAGAUCUCGGCGGUCCAGUCAUGGUUUAUUCUGCAGACACAAACUCUACUCUCAAUAUUCCUGCAAAAGAGGAAGUGUGUUCCAGAUUAGAUGUCGUCUUCUGUAAUGUUGGUCCCAAACUGCGCAGGACAACUGAACAUGCGACGGGAGUGGUGACAUUGUAUGUGGCUGAUAAAGAUAAAGAGAGAUUCCGAGAAUUCCAGGCAUGCCAGAAGCUGGAACGGGAAGGAAGGUGUGUGAAGGUGGAAUGGAAUGAUGCUAGGAAUGAUUUUGAGAUUUCACUCAGCUCUGUCGCCCCUUGUCUGUGCUUUGAGAUUUGGGGGGACUUUCCUCGACAAGAGUUUUGUCCAUUUUUGAAUGAAACAGCUAUCUCAAGCUCCAAUGUGUCACUGUCUGUGGCCGAGACUACAGCUCAUAAUAAAGCUAUGGGUAAAGACACGACAGCUUUGAUCUGGAGCGUCACUGCCCCCUGCAGGCUGCGCACUGAACUGUGGCUGUGCAGGAAGGUCUUGGCACUCGGUGGCAGCUGCCAUCAAAUCAACCACACACUUCAUGUAACGAAUAACCGAUGGACAAACACUGAACACAGAUUCUGGGAAUUACAAGGGGAGUUUUUGGAAGUGGAGCGUCACCCUUCAGUGUGUGUGCAGGUUAAAGUAAUGGAAAUGGAUGGUUAUCUGGGUCCAGUAUGUCCUUUUGAAGUGAAGCGGACACACUGGAGUUUUCCGCUGCUGUUGUGUGUGAUGCUCAUGUGUCUGUCUGUGUUAGGAGCCUAUGCAGUGCAGGGUACACUCAAAAAUUGGGUAUUCAGAUGGCUUAAGGUGGACGAUUUAAACAAUGGGGUGGGUGGAGUUGAGGUGCUUCUGGUGUAUCUGCCCGAUGCAGACGACAGCAUCACGGAGCAGGUGUGUCGUCUGAGCUCCAGUCUGUCCACUCUCGGCUUCACUGUGUCUCUGGACCUGUGGGGCCGCUCAGAGCUCAACGCGAUGGGUCCCGUUCCCUGGCUACACUCCCGUCUCGAGCACAUACAGCGGUGUGGAGGCAAGGCAGUGUUGGUUCUGACACCAGCUGCUUGCAAACUGGCCGAGGAAUGGAGCUGCCAAGGAGCAGGAAAGAACAUGAAAGAAGACAAGGAGAUGAAGAAAGUCUCACAACCCUUAACCGGCUCAGAUGUUUUCAGCGCAUCGUUGAGUUGCAUUCUCGCGGACUAUCUACAGGGGCGUGCUGGCGAGAGGUUUGCGCUGGCCGAGUUUGAAGCACAACUGCCCAGGUGCCGUCGAGCGGUGGCAGUCCUCCCAGAGUUUUUCCGUGGGCUUCCGUUGUUCAGUUUGCCCUCUGAGAGUCUGGGCUUCCUGAUGGAGCUCACACAUAGAGCUCAUAAAGGACGGGGCACAGCUGGAUGGUGGAUUCGAGCCAGGGCGUUGAGGGCAGCAUCACAGGCGUUAUCAGGGGGACUCUGUGACCUCACAGGACACACAUGUGAAGAGUCUGGGACAGAAGAUGCCAGGGAAUGUGUCCCACUACAACCGGACCAGACAACCGCACCAGUCAGUCCUGUUCUUAACACCAAAAUGAGCACUAUAGGCUGGGUCUAAAUCAGCCUCAUGUAGAUAAAACUACACAUUUUCAAAACUGACUUGUCAGUGGGUUCCCUGAACAAUUCAACGAUUUUUCAGGAAGCCAUGGAGAAUUCAUCUGACCCUAAUCGGACUAAAACUAAAGGCGUUUACAUCAGACCAGUGUUUCGCAACUUCUAGGUCACGGGUCUGUUAUGUUCCUCAAUUUAAAACUUUCUGAUGGCAACCCAAGUGAAAUGUCAGGCAGCCGAGGGAAAUUUGAUGAUAUUCACAAUUCACACUAAAUAUGCUUCUCAUCUGAAACGUGCAUUUGUGAGGUGCAAUUGGACUGGUUGGGCCAUCACCGGACCACUUGAGCCAAUGAUCUGCUCUUCUCCAACCUACGGUGCCUCUGGAGUUCUGUCGAGUUUAAAGCUUCACUGCAGAACUUUGGGCUCUCUAACGACAUCUGUGAUUGAAACCUAAAAUUUCAAUAAUUUGCAUUGGCCCUGAUGAAUGAACACCACCUGCAACUUAACCCAGCGAAGACUGAGCUCCUUGUGUUUCCAGCCAACACUGCUGUUGAAUACGUCACCAUGCAGCUGGGUUCAACUACAGUAACGCCUUCCAAAAUGGUCAGAAAUCUAGGGGUAACUAUCGAUAACCAACUAGAUUUCACAGACCAAACCUCAAAGACAGCAUGAUCAUGUAGAUUUACACUCUACAAUAUCAGGAAGAUAAGACCCUUCCUCUCUGUACAUGCCACACAACUGCUCGUUCAGUCCCUUGUCAUAACUAGACUGGACUACUGUAACGCUCUCAUUGCAGGCCUUCCUGCAUGUGCUAUUAGACCUCUCCAAAUGAUCCAGAAUGCAGCAGCCUGUUUGGUUUUAAUGAAAAUGCGGACAUAAAAAACAGUCACUGUGUCUGCUUCAGCUUACCUAAAAUAAUUUCUGCAGAGCUACAUUAUCACCAGAAGCCUGCGGUCGGCUGAUGAAUGGCGCCUUGUUUUACCAACAGAAAGAGGCACCAAAACACUUUCCUGGACUUUCAGCUUUUUUGUACCACAUUGGUGGAAUGACCUUCCCAACUCCAUUCGUGAAGCUGACUAACAUUCUGUCUUCAAAAAACAGCUAAAGACACAUCUUUUCCAUGAGCAUCAUUCACUCAUUAAAAAAAUAAAAGAUAUAUAAAUAUAUGCACGUAAUAUAUAUAUGUAUCGGGAUUACACAUUUAAAAUAUGAAAUAUAACUAACUGUAUUCAACUACAGUUACAAUUUAAAUCAUUGGUAAUUAGAAUACAGUUACAUUCAAAAAUUAUUUUGAUUACUGUAGAGAUUACUUUGCAUUUUAUUGUAAUUUGUUUCAUUUAAUAUUUAGUCCUUUUCAGAUGGAAAACAUUUAUACAUAUAAAUGAUCCAAAGUACAUUUGAACCAUACCUGUCAACAUCUCCCAUAUUUCACACCCAUCUUGUUAUACACAUUAUUGUUAUUUCUCCCAGGAAACUCCCGUAAUUUGUAUGGCCCAAACCUCGUUAUAUGAAUAAUUACAUCAAUAUAUUAUUCCAAGGUGGUCCAGUUGCCAGAUCUUGUAUGAAACUACUCACACAAUCGACACAUCAUACAAAUUUCUGAUAUCUGCACAUGUAGUAGACACAUGAAGUUGAAUCAAGCAUCACUGGUAGAUGGGAGGAGUAGACUCAAGUGGUGCUCUGGCAAAACAAACUAAAUAUACAUGUAAAAACAGCUGGACGAAAUAAUUUAAUUUCGUAUGUCGAAGCCAUAUCGACAAUGCCCACGCCUUUUGCAAUGUGUGUCACACUGAUUUUAAUAUCGGACAUGGUGGGAAAAAUUACGUUAAAUUGUCAGCUUUACGCUAAGCUAAAAUGCUAUUUCUAGCCAUUUUACAUGCAAAUGUCACUUUGGAUCAUAAUACAUUUUUUCAAGUAAGACCUUUGAUAUCAGGGCAAAAAUCAUAUUCUUGAUAAUAAUAUCUAAAAAUCCUUAAAACAAGAUCAGUUUGAUUGAUCUUGUUUUCGAAACAACACUGCAUAAGAUAUUUGGGUUUUUCAGAGAAUGUAUUUUUAACAUGUGUAUUUUGUCUUACUGUACUGACAGAGAUUUUAUAGUCAAAACAAGUGAAACAAUCUUCCAGUGCUGAAGAAGUAAUCCAAAGUAUUUAGAAUAUGGUACUGACCUUGAGUAAUCUAAUGGAAUAUGUUACAAAUGAUAUUUUACAGCAUGUAUUCUGUAAUCUGUAGUGGAGUACAUUUCAAAAGUAACCCUCACAACCCUGGAUAUAUAUAUAUUCUUGUUGUACUGGAAUCUGUUUUGAACACGACUGUUCUGAUGCUAGUGAAUCUUUGUAAUGCAGCACUUCUCCUACCACUGACUCCUUAAGAUGAUUCGCUUAUAAUGUAUUCCUCUUUUGUAAGUCGCUUUGGAUAAAAGUGUCUGGCAAAUGUAUAAAUGUAAAUGAAAUGAAGAAAUGGCACUGCUCUUCUGUGCAGAUGGAUCUCAUGGUUUGAGGUUAGCUGAACUAGCAUAGCCGGAGUCAUAACAUGUUUUUUAUCAUGAUCUUGUGCUAUUCAUUUAAACAUUCACAACUGAGAUAUUACUUGCUUUGAGGAAGAUAAACAACACUCUUAUUAUAUAUUUUAAUUUGAUUAUUCAAGUGUCGCUACACAUUAAUGUUCGUAUUGUAAUAACGUAUCAAUUUGAGCGAUGUAACUCGUGAAAAAGCUGAUAUGAGUUCGACUGAAAGCCUUGAAUUAUUUUUAUAUUAUAUUGUACAGCCUCAGUCGAUAAUGCAAGUGAACCGUAAUACUACAAUAGUAUGUCUUUGCACCGCACAAAACAAGGAUUCAAUAAUGAUGAUGAUGUAAUAUACUUUAUUAAACAUGAAAAUAAUGUUCAGAAAUUUGUAAUAAAAUAAUUACAAUAAUAAACAGUUUUCUUUAUCAUUUCUUAGAAAGUUAAGUUAUAAUAGAGAGUUGAUUAGGCCUACAUGCUAAACUAAAUAAUAUUUCCAUUACUGUGCUAUGAAAUCAGUACAUUAUCAAUAAUUUGAGAGGACAUUGCUUUUCAAUGUUCCCUAAGUGUUUAUGUGCCACUGUUUUCUCAUUUCUUAUACCCCAGUUGCAGAAAUGCACAAGUUGUUGUAUCACUUUUAGCAGAUAGUGUGUUUAUUCUGUGCUGUAAAAACAAUUCUGGCAGCUGUGGUUAUUAAAUGAUAAACGUAAUAUAUUAACCUUCUGAAACUGUAAAAGUCUACUUUUUACUUUAUAAGGUAAAUCACAUUAGUAAUUACAGAACAGCACAUGAUGACAAGAAUAGUGAUCCUUCCGGGAGCAAUGAUCGAUAAACCUAUAGAGACGGCGCUCUGUGUCACUCACACAAACACUAAACACCAUCAGAGUAACACGUGUGAAAUUAAAAUAACGCAGUAAACACGUAGAGACGGCGCUCGGUGUCACUCACACAAACACUAAACACCAUCAGAGUAACACGUGUGAAAUUAAAAUAACGCAGUAAACACGUAGAGACGGCGCUCGGUGUCACUCACACAAACACUGAACACCAUCAGAGUAACACGUGUGAAAUUAAAAUAACGCAGUAAACACGUAGAGACGGCGCUCGGUGUCACUCACACAAACACUGAACACCAUCAGAGUAACACGUGUGAAAUUAAAAUAACGCAGUAAACAUUAACUAAACUACAUUAAAUAUUAAAUGUAAUGUGUGAACAUGUAUGUAACUGAUAUUAAAAAUAAGAAGAAAUACAUAACUGUUCCCAUAAAAUAUAAUGAAAUAUGAUGGGUCACGCAGAGAAUUCUGGAAAUACAUGAUUACUGUUUCUUACCAUCAUUUUAACAAUAAUUUACCGAAAAAAGUACAUGUUCACUCUUGUUAAACAUAAUAUACAUUUUAACCUUUAAUUAUACAGGAAAAACUGUAUAUUUUUACUACAUUUCAUCGUAAAACUACAUGUAUUGUCUUAUUAAACAUAUUAAAACAUAUUAUGUAUGUAUUACGGUAACUAUUUGUUAACCAAUAUACGUUUUUUUUAUGUAAUAUUUUUACAGUCAGUAAAAAGUUAGUUUUACUGUUAAAAUGACGGGCAUUUUUUACAGUGUGAGCUGACUUAGUGUACAGUGGACAGCUUUCAGGGCAGCUUUAAUAAAUUCAUUUUCAUAGGUUAUUGAAGGAAUAUUCUGGGUUCAAUACAAGUUCAUCUCAAUGGACAGCAUUUGCGGCUUAAUAUUAAUAGCACAAAAAAUGAUUUCAGUAAGUGUUUUACUGUUUCAGUUUUCACAGAAGUGAAUGGAAGGUAUUGCAGGAAAGUCACAUUAUGCAGGUUGUCAUUAGUGCAUAUCAAUGAUUUAUAAGGCAUUUGUAAAUGAUUAUUAGUCAUUAAUGAACCUCUUUAUAAGCCCUAAACAAAGGGAACACUAAUGUGAAAAGUUAUGAGUAAAGAUUACUUGCAUAUUAUUUACAGGCAUAUAUAAUAUAGGCUACAGUUCUGUGUGUGGAUAUCUUGUUUGCUUACUACUAAGUGCGUCAAACUAAACUCAGAGAUUUGAUUUGCAUCAGACAGUUAGUGAAUGAACAGAGAGGUGGUGGGUUGUGACCUCAGACUGUGGCCUGAGGCUGACAGUAGGUCUAUGUGAACUUGAACUGAUGCUGAUAUGUAAAUAUUAUAUGUAAAUUAUGCCCGAUCUCAAACUCAAAAUGAGUUGUGCAGGAGUGGCCAGAGCUUGAUAAGGAAACCACAUUGAAAAUGGACCAACAAAACCAUAAAUAAAUCCAUCAAUCCGCCUCCAUAAAUAAAACCUGAAGGCGGACUAGUUUGCUGAAACACACACACAAUUGAAAAACUUCAAACAUAAGUGAAGGUCGGGAAUGGGAGUGAAGGCAUAAUUGAUUCCAUGUCAUAAACAUUGCUAUGAAAAGACCAUGACAUUUCACACACAUCAUCAAUCUAAAAAUAAAUUACAAUUUGACUGACUUGUGAAUGUAUCCUAAUGUACAGGCAGAUCUGUAAAGAAACAUUUUGUAUGAUGGUUUCAAUCAGCUAGUUCAAAACCCUCUUAAAUUGUCAUUUGUUUUGUAUACCUUCCAAAAGAAAAUAUUAAUGUCAUCCUAUAUUUGCGAUAGCUAUUGCAUAAACAUGUAAACACAUUAAAACCACUGCCACACAUUCAAGCAAGUGUCAAUUUAAUAAUAAAUGUAGAUAUGAACUAAAACCUUAAUGUGUUAACUCAAACUGUAUUCUCAGGACAAGUUUUAUAUAUUUAGUUGUCACAUGUUUUAAAUGUUAGAAAUAUGAUAAAUAUUGUUAUUAUAAAUAUGUACAUGUAUUAAUUAAAAUACUUGUU